GACUGGAUGUUGAUGAGCCUCAAGUCCGUUUAGGCCGCCUCUACCUGUAUAGUUUCAAUGAGGAUGGUUCCACUUGCCCCCUGGUUGAGAUCCAAAGGAGAGAUACGUCUGCAAUCCUGGACAUGAAAUGGUGCCACGUCCCAGUGGGCGGCCACGCCCUCUUGGGCGUGGCGGAUGCUGGCGGGUCCGUAGAGCUCCUCCGCUUGGUGCGAUCCGAGCAGAACUCUUACACGCUAGAGCCAUUCUCCCGCUUUGCCCUGGAAAAGCGGGGUCUGGCCUUGUCCUUGGACUGGUCCACUGGGAAGGCUGGAAGAGCCAGUGACCAGCCCUUGAAACUCAUUAGCAGCGACUCCAACGGGCAGCUGUCCCUCCUGAAGGUGAGCGAGGCAGGGCCGGGGCUGCAGGCUGUGGCCACGUGGCAGGCCCAUCACUUUGAGGCCUGGAUUGCUGCUUUCAAUUACUGGCAGACAGAGGUUGUGUAUUCAGGUGGGGACGAUGGCCUCCUGAAAGGCUGGGACACCAGGAUGCCCCCCACAUCCGUGUUCACAAGCAGAAGACACUCCAUGGGCGUGUGCAGCAUCCAGAGCAGCCCACACCAGGAGAACGUCUUGGCCACAGGAAGCUACGACGAGCACGUCCUGCUCUGGGACACUCGGAACAUGAAGCAGCCGCUCGCGGACACGCCCGUGCAGGGCGGGGUGUGGAGGCUCAAGUGGCACCCUUUCCGCCGCCACCUGCUGCUGGCGGCCUGUGUGCACGGAGGCUUUAAGGUCCUCAACUGCCAAAGGGCAGUAGAGGAGAAGCAGGAAGCCUGCACAGUCGCCCUGUCCCACAUCCUGCCCAACGCACUGGUGUACGGAGUCGACUGGUCCUGGCUCUACUUCCACCGUCUGCCGCAGGCCCAGCCGUUAUUACCCCUAGGGUCCUUUCCCUGCAGUGACCCAGGAGCCAAAACUGCAGACGUGGUCUGUAACCUGAAGGUUAAGGGCCAGUCGCCAGCAUCCUCUUCUGAUCCUUUAGUGGACGAUGGAGAGGGUGGUACCAAGCUCCAGGGUGGAGGCAGGCUGAAGGCUCCUUGUGGCAGCCGGCUGCAUGCCUCAAGGCUCCAGAUCUGUGACUGUGACCUGUACUUGGAGGCAGCAAACUUUGACAUCAACCUUCUAGCCACUUGCUCCUUUUAUGAUCAUGUUCUCCACCUCUGGAAGUGGGACAGCAGCUGAGCUAGGGAAGAGGUUGCUUGGUUUGAAGUCAUAAGGACCAUUUCCACAAAUAAAACCAAGAGUGCGACUUUAUCUUUUCUGGGAAUGAAGUGUCCUCAGACCAUCUCACUAAGAUUCUCCCUGCCUGCGGGUGACUGCAUGGGGCUCAGUGCAUUUUACCGAACAGCGCAGUCACAAAAGCUGGUGGUCUGUCUUAAAUAAAAUGGUGAUUCUGUGGCA